GUGGCUGCUCAGCAACUGGCCGCUACCCGGAUGGACCAAGGUUACGCUCAGCAGUUAUCACCUGGACACUAGCCAAGUUGCCAACACAGGCAGGCUCACUUCUCAGGGAACUUUACGUACUGAAGAUAUCAAAGGGAUUUGGCUUAAUGGAGCAACACGGAGUGAUACCAGAUGUUUUGCCCUGCUGUCCUCCCUCCAUUGUGCAGGCGAGGUACGGGAACACUGAGGUGGAGUGCGGGACUGUGGUGACGCCCACGGAGGCCAAGGACGUGCCUCAACUGUCCUGGCCGGUGGAGGCGGGUGCUCUCUACACCCUGUGCAUGACCGACCCCGACGCCCCAAGCCGAGAAGAUCCUAAGUUCGGCGAGUGGCAACACUGGCUGGUGGUGAACAUACCAGGGAAUGAUGUGUCGAGCGGCGACACCCUCAGCCAGUAUGUGGGUCCCGGCCCGCCUAGAGGCACAGGACUGCACCGCUACGUGUUUGUGGUGUACCGGCAGAGUGGACGCCUCACGUGUGACGAGCCGCGGGUUCCAAACACCUCGGCCUCUCCUCGCCGAUGCUUCAAGAUCAACAAAUUUGCUGAGAAGUACAACCUGCAGCUGAUAGCAGGAAACUUCUUCCAAGCAAAAUAUGACAGCUACUGUGAUCAAGUACAUAAACAGCUUGGCAUUUAAGAAUGCAACUGCACGAAGGUGAAGCCGCUCAGAUCAUUCAACGAUUACGAGGCCACGCGUCUAUUGUCUUUAGUGUGUGGUCAUUUGUAAAUAAACAAAGGCUUUCUUUGGAACAGAUGACUGCAGCCGAUUUGUUACACAUCUUGUUUUUAAGAAAGUUGUUGGAGGGGAUUGCAAGUUACAGGUGGCAUACUAUUUAAUUAAUACUUUUCAAAAUGAAUUGUGGGUCAAGAUUCGACUCUGGUUUUACAGUAUUAUGAAAACUGGAAAGCUGAAAAGUAUUUUCACCAUUCAGGUCCUGAAAAUGACAACUGCAUGAAUAAGCCGUCUUGAUUAUAUCAGUUUGAGAAGUUCCAUAAAAGCGAGUUCUCA